UACAAACAGAUAAUAGUCUUACUGUGUGGCUCACGGGUACGUUUACCUGAAGUUUCAGUUUACACUGCGUCAAACGUGACGUACACUGCAUUUGUCAAAGGUCAGAUGCGCUUUUUAUAUAGUCUUUGGUGAAGGGAAAGAGACGGGUGCACCAUUGCUUUCAACGACGCAGGAUUUGAACGUCUUUGCUAUGGAUAACCCUGGGUCAUCUCGACAACGCCUACCCCUGGACUUCUCGCAGAGUGGAUACGGCUCCAAUACACCUCACGGACCGGCCUCGAGUUCCUCCACUCAAUAUCGGAGGGCUUCCUGUGAAUUCGAACACGACAUCCCGAUAACUAUAUCAAACUUCUAUCAGCGAGGGUCGGCUACCGUCUCUUACACCUCUACCCGUGCAGCACCUCCUUGGACGGAGUCGGGCGAGGGUACCACCCCCAGGGACACUUACAAUCCACUGGCGGACUUUUCCCAGCGGUCGUGUUCUCAGAGGAUACCCAGUCGUCCACGGCUGGAGAAGGGCGUAUCAAAGAGUCUGGACCUUGGGUUAAACCCUGGCCCAUCCUCCACCCUCAGCCGUCGCCAGAGCUUGGACGAAACGCUCGACCUAACAACAAGGUCACAUCUGUAUGACCCCUAUAAGACUGACACCGAUGAGAAGAUGCCCAUUCAGUACAGUCAGAUGGGGCAAAAUUUUGUCAACAUUGAGAAUACAAGUGGGGUUGGCUGUCGCGCUACCGUUCUUCCAUGCAGUACACAGGAUAGGUAUUCCACAAGUCUGUCUGCUUGCAUGUAUCCGGAAACGCAUCAGUCCUCUACCACUGGACCCAUUCCAUUCAAAUUCAGACGCAAUGUCCAACAACAACAGUCUAAUGUAGCACAAGUCUUGGAAUAUGGAGAUAAUUGUCAAUAUACGUACACUAAAAUGAAAACGGAACCACAGGACCAGUCCUAUCCCCACGUACACGUACCCGAUUACCAUGUCCCCAGAAGUCACCAACAGUUAUCUAUUAAUACUGCUGAUAUUCCCGGGGGGUCGGGUUUAAGUGCUGAGAGCACAUACGAUGCUUUGUACAGACAGGCUAGUCGUUCAGAGUUUAGCCAGGGUCAAAGUUUUGACACACGACGCAAAGCGAGGACAUACCAUCGACUAUUGGCCACACCCAGCAGAGAUGAUCCCGAAGAUUCGACGUCAACAAUGGGGUAGGUGUAUUUUUUUUUGUGUGCAUGCGUAUUAGUCAAGAGUUCAAGAUAGAAUUACCAGAACAGGAGAUUUAUUUUUUUUAAAUUCUAACAACAAAACCAGCAAUUAAAAAUAAUUUAUUAAUAUGUUGAAAUGCGUAAUAUUUUCAACAUGUUUUGGAACAGGUUUGUGUUUUAGUCCCAAGGUUAUUUAUAAAAGGUAAGCCUAGAAUUAUUGAUGUUCCAUUGACGUCAUCAAAGGUCAAUAGAGAACUAAAAAAAGUGUGUCAAAAACACACAGAUAUCUAUGACUGCUCUGGAAUCAUCUGUACUGUAAAACUAAAACAAUGGUUCGCUGCAUCAAAAAUUAAACACAGAACCCGGUGGAAAAUUGUUUUAAAUAUUCAAUGAUGACAUUACGUUUACCACAUACAAUGUAUAAUGUUUGCCACCGUCGAAUACUUGAUGCUUAUAACUGUUGCAGAAAAAAGAUAAGCUUUAAAUUAGCCGUGUCUUGCAUCUCAUAAAUACUUUCUAUAGUUUAAAAAGUUUGUGCAUCGAACGGCAAAUCCCCCGAAGGACUUUUUCCUUUACAUUUUGCCAUGACCUUAAACUGAAUGCUGUUUUAAAAACCCCCAGUAAAAUUGUUAAGUUAACUGAAAAAAGAUAAAUGAAAAUAUCAUUUUAAAACAAUCUGUUGGGUGAGUUUAUUCCUUUAAGUUUAACAUUUUGCAUGACAAAUCAUUAUAUAUAUUUACAUCUAUUAAGUAGU